GGGUGGCGAGUGAUUAUUGACAUACUGAACGGACAACACAAGAAACCGUAGAAGCAGAUUUAUCACUCUCCUGCGCGGCAUUUUUUCCCCACCUUUUUUCGUAAAAUCCCGCCUCCUCUAUUGUGAUUGGCUGAGAAGUCACACCUACGAACUUUCCACCAAUCGUGUUGCGAGAAUUUGUGACUGACAGGCCGCAUGAGUCCUACUGUGUGAGGGCGGGAUCUGAGUCAAUAGGGGUGGAAAAACAAGUAAACACCACACCGGAGACGGAUGAGUUUGGAGAGACGGAGGUGACGCCAUCAUGCCGGAGAUCACGCUGAAACACGUGGUGUCCUGCAGCAGUGAGGAUACGACUCAUAAAGCUGCUAAUCUGCUGAGCUCAGACACCUACAGGAAGUGGAAAUCAGCUCGAGCUGGAGAGAAACAAACCUCCAUCAUCCUACAGUUUGAGAAGGAGGAGCAGGUGCACAGUAUCGAUAUCGGGAACGAGGGAUCAGCCUUCAUCGAAGUUCUAGUUGGACACUCCACGUCUGUGAAGGACCAGGAUUUUGAGGUGUUACUGGUGACAUCAUCGUUCAUGUCUCCCUCUGAGAGCCGGGGGGGCACCAACACCAACCGCGUCAGGUUCUUCGGCCCCCAGCAGCUGGUCAGGGCCACGGCCCAGGAGAAGUGGGACCGGGUGAAGAUCGUCUGUUCACAACCCUACAACAAGAACAUAGCGUACGGAGUGGCCUUCAUCAAGUUCCACUCUCCACCUGAUAGCAGCUCUCCACCUACUGCUACACCUCCUAAGUUGACUAAACUGGGUCAGUUCAGAGUGAAGGAAGAUUCUCCAUCUACUGGCUCGAACCUGCAGCCGGGCAGCCUGUUCUUCAACAGAGACAGUAAAGAGAGCCCAGGAGUGAAGGUUUCUCCUCAAAAUCCCAAACUGAGCUACGCUGCUGCUGCACUACAGACAGAACCAUCAACCUCAAGCCCCGCCCCCUCCAGCUCACCAAAGGCGGGCGUGGCCGUGAAGAGGAAGUUUGAGUUCAGCAAAGAGCGACAGGACACUCCUGCACCUCCUGCUAAAAAACACACCGCCUCCCCCCAAUCAGGACCCCCCAAAACCCCUCCACAGAGAACCUCCUCCAGCACGCCGUCCAGUAAAGCAGCAUCUUCCCAACUGAAGCCCUCUGUGAAGCCCCGCCCCCCACGGCCCUCAGAACCAAUCGCGUUUAACCGCAUCAUGGACGGUGUGGUGUUUGUGCUGAGUGGAUUCCAGAACCCGUUCCGUGCUGAACUCCGGGAUAAAGCUCUGUCCAUGGGGGCCCGGUACCGGCAGGACUGGACCCCCGACUCCACCCACCUCAUCUGUGCGUUCUCUAACACACCUAAGUACACCCAGGUGAAGGCGGCGGGGGGGAUGAUAGUGCAUAAGGAGUGGGUGCUGGACUGCUGUAAGAGGAAACAGAAGAUCUCCUACAGGAGGUAUUUGAUAGAUGGAGCAGAGUCCAGUUCUUCAUCGGAGGAGGAGGAGGGGAGCAAUGCUGAGGAGGAGAAAGGUUCGGUGAAGAGACCCGGCGCCAGCAGGAACGUUCCGGUGAAGAAGGAGAAGAGUGAGGAACGCACGGAUGAACAAGAUGAAGAACGUGAUGAUGAUGAUGAUGAGUCUGGGAUGGACACUGAAGAUGAGCUCAGAAGGCUGGAGACAGAGAGGAAGAAGAUGAAGGAGCAGGAGACGGUGGGUGGAGGAGGACAGGUGGAGGAUGAAGAUGAUCCGUAUGGUGGAUCUACAGAUGAGAACACUGAUGCUGAGGAGGAGGAAGAUAAAGCCAUACCUGAACUACCAGAUUUUUUGGCGGGUAAAAACUUUUACCUGUACGGUAAAUUCCCCGACAACCAGAGACGCCUGCUGCAGCGCUACAUCAUCGCCUUCAACGGUGCUCUAGAGGACUACAUGAAUGAGAAGGUCCAGUUUGUGAUCACCAGUCAGGGCUGGGACGAUUCCUUUGAGGACGCUCUGAUGGAGAACGAGAAGUUGAGUUUUGUGAAGCCGUCCUGGAUUUUUGCCAUCAAUGAUCGACAGAAGAUGUUACCAUACCAACCUCACACUGUAGUACCCUAACCUCACCCCACCCACCACUAAUACUCCCCUACCAACCUCACACUGUAGUACCCUAACCUCACCCCACCCACCACUAAUACUCCCCUACCAACCUCACACUGUAGUACCCUAACCUCACCCCACCCACCACUAAUACUCCCCUACCAACCCUACACUGUAGUACCCUAACCUCACCCCACCCACCACUAAUACUCCCCUACCAACCUCACACUGUAGUACCCUAACCUCACCCCACCCACCACUAAUACUCCCCUACCAACCCUACACUGUAGUACCCUAACCUCACCCCACCCACCACUAAUACUCCCCUACCAACCCUACACUGAAGUACCCUUCCCUCACCCCCCACCCUUAAUGCUCCCAUAUUCUCAAAAUAUCGUAAGAUAUGGACGUCCUGUUCGCCCUCGUCUCCGCCUCAGACGGCUGAUGUAGGCGUGUGAUGACUGCUGGUGUUUCUCAGGAGUCAAUCCUGAAACCUUCACACUGAUGAAUGGACCCGUGUGCAGAGCUUCAGUCCAGCGCAGCAGCUGAUCUCUGAUUGGCUGAUCUCAGUUUGUUUGUGGGUGAUUGUUGUGAAGGUGUUAAACUGAUGCUCAGUGUAAAUAGUUCCUGUGUCAUUUCAUUUAUUCGUUUAUUCUUAAUAAAAUCAUUCAGGAUUUCAAACCUGUACUUUUGUUUCUCUCUUAAACUUCUUUAGUUUUAGUUUUUUUCUCUCAUAAUAAAAAUGUAAAACACA